AUGUCGUUCGAUGCUCAAGUUUAUCACGAACAUUUCGCCUCCCGUGAUGAUAGUUAUGCAUCUACUACUUUGUGCAAACGGAUCUCGUGGCAACACUCUGCAAAUGGAUUAAUUAUCGUGGACCGCGAGGAUCAAACACCUUUCACCGGCUUUAUUGUCGGACGGGUAUCACCUUGGAAUCUUAAGUGCGGCACCACUGGCAACUAUCUCAAGAAAGGUGGCCUUGAAAAAGCCAAGUAUCAAUUGCAUUUGAUGCGUCCCACGGACAAAAUUCUGGGACGAGAUUUCGAUGCGGCUAUCACCAAUCUUGAGACGAUGCAGAAAGUAGCUGGAACGACAGGCGAUCAUAGAAACAUGGUGAUUCGAGAUGUGACUGGCGAGAUGUUGCGCGUAACUGCCAACGUAUUUGAACAGAGGCCCGCUCGCAUUCCUGAUUCUCCUCAUGGAAAGCGAGCUCCCGAUGCUCCCAAGAUGGACAGUAUCACUGAGAGCUGGGUCAUUCCAACUGAUCUGGAAGACCAGUUCGAGCUCGUCAAAUACACUCAUCGCGCUGUCCCUCUGCCUGUCUUUGAAGACGGCCAAGCAAUCCCACCUUUAGAUGCUAACCGAACAUUGGACGGGGCCUUGGUCGAAGUCCAUUUUACGGUUCUCCAGUGGCACGUUCAAGGAUAUGAUACGUUUUUGGCGAAGGCAGGGAGGAUCAACAUCCUCAAACGUAGCGUCAGCGUGGCAUCAAAACAUCCCCUGAGUGAUGUGGACGACGAUCAGCCUGUUCAUAAGAAACACGAGACAGCAAUAGCGAGCGGUUCAAAGGAUUAA